GGAUUACAACCCAACGGGCACACUAAACUCUAGAUUAGGUUUUCGGGAAUUUGUUAAACAAAAUCGGCGAUCGAGGCACUUUUGACAAACCAUAUAUUUAUGUAAUAAAAGAUACGCCGGAACGGCAGGAAGAGUUAUGAGCACGCCGACGGCAAGAACGCCUUAGUAUUCAACGGAAUAUUAAAAGACCCCCAUUAUCCAACUCAAAGUGCAAGUGCAAGAGCUCAACAUAAUUCACAACGUUUUUUUUUGCUCAAAUCCGACGACAACAACAAACGCCGCGAUCAAAUCGAACACACAUACACUCACAAACAUAUACACACAUAUAUCUUUGUUUUUUUUUAUUUCUCAUUUUAUUGCCGAAAAAGAAAAGAGAAAUAUAAAAUACAGGACGCACACACACACAUUGAGAGAGUGAGAGGGUAGUGGAGAAGAGGAAGCACGGACUUUAGUUCUUUCCAAAAAAAGGAAAAACAAAAAGAUAAUAACCCCGCACAGCAUCGAAAAGCGGAAUAUUAUUAAAGUUGGAGUGGGAGCUAAAAAAGACCGCGAAAAUAACGGCGAGAAACGUUUUCCACGCAACUGGGAAGCCUCUUGUUAUCGAUUUUAUGUUCUCCGUGUGCACCGUGCGCCGUUUGUGUGUGUGCUGCGCUCCGGGUGCGUGCGUAUGUGUUUAACCACGGCGUGUUAUCAACAAAAAAAAUAAAUAAAUAAGUAAAUAUAAAUAAAAAUAAAUAAAUAAAAUUAAAGAACUGUUGGCUGCAAAAGUAACAGAAUCGGCAAAAAAAAAAGACCAAACCAAACCGUGUUAGCCGGUUGUUUCCAGCCAUCUCGCUCGCACGCGACCAGAUCGUCGUGGACUUUACUUUUAAAAAAUUAAUUGUUGAAUUUACCCAAUGAUUUCGCUGCUGCAAAUGAAAUUCCAUGCGCUUUUGUUGUUGCUAUCAAAAGUGUGGACAUGCAUCUGUUUCAUGUUCAAUCGCCAAGUGCGAGCUUUUAUCCAGUAUCAACCGGUUAAAUAUGAACUCUUCCCGCUGUCACCCGUCUCGCGCCAUCGCCUUGGCCUGGUGCAGCGAAAGACGCUCGUUUUGGACCUGGACGAGACACUGAUCCACUCCCAUCACAAUGCGAUGCCCAGGAAUACGGUGAAACCGGGAACGCCGCAUGAUUUCACCGUCAAAGUGACGAUCGAUAGGAAUCCAGUGCGAUUUUUUGUACAUAAACGACCGCAUGUGGACUACUUCCUGGAUGUGGUCUCGCAGUGGUACGACCUGGUCGUAUUUACGGCCAGCAUGGAGAUCUACGGAGCGGCGGUGGCGGACAAACUGGACAAUGGCCGGAACAUUCUUCGGCGGCGAUACUACAGACAACAUUGCACGCCAGACUAUGGCUCAUAUACCAAAGACCUGUCGGCCAUAUGUAGUGAUUUAAAUAGGAUAUUCAUCAUUGACAAUUCACCGGGAGCAUACCGCUGUUUCCCCAACAAUGCCAUACCCAUCAAGAGUUGGUUCUCGGAUCCAAUGGACACGGCGCUGCUGUCGCUGCUGCCCAUGCUGGAUGCCCUGAGGUUCACCAACGAUGUGAGAUCGGUGCUGUCACGGAAUUUGCAUCUGCAUCGCCUCUGGUAGCAGGUGGGCCUCCUCUCGCUAGUGUAGUCUAUCUAACUAUUUCGAAGGAGUGCAGGGUGGAGAAAACUUCUUCACAAAAUAACAACAACAACAACAAAUGGUGGUGCUGUGACACAUUAACGAAUUUUUUUUUUUAUUAUUACGUAUGUCAGAUCAAUUGAGAAAAAAGUAAGUUGAAAGUUUGAAAGAGAGAGAUCUGAAAUGGACAGUUUUCUUAUUUUGUUUAUAUACUUAAUAAGACUAUAUAGAUUUUUGUAACAAGCUAAAAUCACUUGCAUACAUAUUUUGUGUAACAGUUUAACUCUUUCUUUUGUCCUGUUGUUUGUAGUGCGUGUGUAUGUAUGUUUUGAUUAUAUAUUGAUAUAUAUGUAUAUUUAUAUAUAUGUAUAAUUAUAUAUAUGAUUAUAUAUAUGUAUGUAAAGUGAAAGCUCUUGAAAUAACAUUAAAUGAAGAACAAAUUUGUCAAGUUAUAUAUAUAUAUAUCAUAAUAUUAUUAAAACAAAUUAAAUCUAAGGCACACUUACACCAAGAGUCUUGUAAUUUCUAUACUACGAUUAGGGAUACAUACACAUAUAUAUAUAUAUAUAUAUAUAUAUAUGUAUAUAUAUUAUUGUAACACUGAAAUUGUUUGAAUUAUUGAAGCAAAAAAUACUUAUAAUUAUACAAAUUAGUUGAUUAUGAAACUUUCCUGGACAUCAUUAUUAUGGAUAAUUAAUUAUUAUGGAUUAAAUAUGUAUAGACUUGCAGUAUACCCUUUGUUUCCUGUACAAAACUAAGAAGAACCGUUUCAUUGCUUGCAACAAGAAGGAAAAGGAGUUACAUAUACAUACAUAUACCUACAUCUAAGCGAAACAAACAACUAUGAACUACUAAAUAUAAUGUAAACGAAACAAGCGACAAAAACUGUUCUAUUUUGUAAGGCAAGCAAGCAAGCAAUGAAAGAUCGGGCUGGGAUGAGACAUAUAUAUGUAGGGAUAUAUAGGGAGUUAUAGAGCCAAAUCACUUAUAUUAUACUAAAACCGAGUUAGUCUGAGAAUUGCGAAACCGUGGCACAUCAUCCGACGAAGGCAUCACAGGGCGACGUGGCGGAGAAAAACAAGGAAUGGAUGGAGGAGGAGGGGGCGAGCGAAAAGAAAAACAAAUGAUGAAAACUGCUUCCAUAGUUAAUGUUACAUAUUUUCCAAAAAUAAAAAAGCAUCAACACUCACACAGCUUAUAUACACCUUUAUACUAUUUCCCCGAACCUCCAAUCCAAUCCAAUCGAAAUGUUUUUUUAAAAAUUGAAUUGUAUAUUUUUCAAUAAUCACUAUUUGUAUAUUUAAUGCAAAGAAAAAACAUGAAUAAUACUUACUUGUAUGCGAAUGUUUGUUAAUUUUAAGUAGUUUGUAGACAAUUUGUUAAACUGGAAAGAACGUAAAUGAAAUAAAUAAGAAAGAGGGAACACAACAGCAGAAAAUCAGAUACAAAAAAUUACAACAAAA